AUGAUUCUUUCCCAUUUGUUCGGCCUGCUGGUCGCCACGGCCGGCGUGGCCACGGCCGUCAACAUCACCGGCUAUGAGUAUGUCGUUGUUGGAUCCGGUGCUGGUGGUGGUCCUCUGGCUGCCCGCCUCGCCUUGGCUGGUCACAAGACCCUUCUUCUUGAGGCUGGUGAUGAUCAGGGUGAAAAUUACAAUUAUACUAUCCCUGCUUACUCGGCCAGAGCCUCCGAGGACGAGAAGCUUUCCUGGAACUUCUUCGUCCAUCACUACGAAGAUGAAGAGCGCCAGGCUCGCGAUUGGAAAACGAGCUACGAAACACCUGAUGGCGAGUUAUACACUGGCCUGAGUCCUCCAGAGAACUCGACCAUGAAGGGAACCCUCUAUCCUCGGACGGGUACUCUCGGUGGAUGCACUGCGCAUAACGCCUUGAUUGCAGUCUAUCCCCACCAGUCUGACUUCGAAUUCAUCUCGACCCUUACCGGCGAUAGCUCUUGGGCACCUGACAACAUGCGCAAGUACUUCACCAAGAUGGAAAAGAACGGUUACUUGCUUCCUGGAGCUAAGGGUCACGGCUACGAGGGCUGGCUGUCGACCGAGACGGCACCCCUUAGCAUUGUCUUGGAGGACCCCCAGCUCUUGAGCAUGCUCACCGGCGGUGCUUUUGCCCUCGGUAACCUCACCGAUAACAUCAUGAAUAUUGGCACUCUGUUGGCUGGCGACGCCAAUGCUGAUGCUAAAACCCGUGACACCGAGCCUGGCUACUAUCAAAUUCCUAUCGCAACUGAUGAUGCCCACCGCAAUGGUCCCCGCGAAUUCAUUAUCGCUGUUCGGGAUGCCAAAAAUGACGAUGGCUCCAAAAAGUACCCUCUAGAUGUCCGCAUGAACACCCACGUCACCAAGGUGACCUUCGAUGAGAGCACCCCGCCCCGUGCCACCGGUGUCGAGUUCCUCGAUGGCGAGCACCUCUACAGGGCCAGCCCGAUGUCGAAGUCGGCUCUCGCCGGUAUCCCCGGUUCCGCCAGUGCUUCUCGUGAGGUUAUUGUUGCCGGUGGAGUGUACAACUCUCCCCAGAUCCUCAAAUUGAGUGGUAUCGGUCCCGCCGAUGAGCUCAAGAAGUUUGGUAUCAAAGUCAUCAAGGAUCUCCCCGGUGUCGGCACCAACCUUCAGGACCACUACGAGAUCUCAGUGCAGGGCAAGAUCGAGGAGGACUUCUCCUGCCUAGACAAAUGCACCUUCAGCAUUCGCGACCAGGAAGACCCUUGCAUCAACCGCUGGGAGACUCCCAUUCUCGGUGACCGCGGUAUCUACUCAUCCCCCGGUCUCGCCGCCACCAUGCUCUACAAGAGUACCACAACCGACGAUAACUUUGACAUCUUCUGCUUCGGAGGACCCGUCAACUUCCGCGGCUACUUCCCCGACUACAGCAUUAACGCCACAGACGAACACAACUGGUUCACCUGGGCCAUCCUCAAAGCUCACCCGCGCAACACUGCCGGCACUGUUGCCCUGCAGUCCGCCGAUCCCCUGGACAUGCCCAAGAUCACCUUCAACUACUUCGAUACCGGCGUCGGCGACUACGCGGCCGAUCUCACUGCUCUCUACGACGCCGUCGAGCUCGCCCGUGACGCAUUCAAGCGCCAGCUCGUCAACAUCACGGAAGUUCUUCCCGGUGCCGACGUCCAAUCCAAGGAGGAUAUUGAGCAAUACGUCAAGGAUGGCGCUUGGGGUCACCAUGCCUCUUGCACUUGCCCUAUUGGUGCUGAUGAUGACCCUAUGGCUGUGUUGGACUCCAAAUUCCGUGUCCGUGGUGUCUCCGGUCUCCGUGUCGUUGAUGCUUCCGUUUACCCCAAGAUUCCGGGUACUUUCACGGCUGUGUCUACCUACAUGGUUGCCGAGAAGGCUGCUGAUGAGAUUCUCAGUGAGCUUAAUGCCAGCUCUUGA